AUGCGACAGCCAGCAGAUUUGACCGCAUCGGUGGCAUCGUCGUGGCCCUGGUCGUCUUCAUCCGUCCGUCCGUUCGGCUUCAGCUACGUCGAUGACCGUUCCUCAGUGUGUUACUACCUCGAAUUAAGGCUAUGCCAAGCGCCGGCGUUCACCUACUCGUUUAUAGUGUUUGCGGACGGCCAUCUAUUGAUUUCCGUCAGUUCGGCCAAUCGUCGUCGACGAUGGCUGUCGUAG